AUGUCUUCUCACACAACUUCUGCUACACGACCUUCAGUUGUUAAUUCAAGAAGUCAAACUACAAGUUGGAGAAAUAAUACACUUCGAGCUUCUAAUGAGAGUGACGGCGGGAGUGUAGAUAAUGUUAAAAGUUCGAAACCGUACCCAUUAGCCAACGAGUGGACAUUUUACCACGAUAAAUAUGUCGCUAAUGCCACUCCUGAAGAAUACGAAGAAAAUUUAAAGAGCGUCGCAACUGUAACCACAGUUCAGAGUUUCUGGUCAGUUUACAACAAUAUCAUAGGACCAGAACAACUGCAAUUAAGAAGCAGUCUUCAUUUCAUGAAAAAUGGAAUUCGUCCCGUAUGGGAAGAUCCACAUAAUGAAAAUGGAGGCGCUUGGUCGUUUCGUGUCAACAAAUCCAAUUCACAAAUAGUUUGGAGAGAAUUGCUCAUAUAUAAUUCUGAUAUUUUCGCUAUUUGGAAUAAGAAUGCAAACGCACAUGAAAAUUCUAAAGUAAUGGAGAAAUUGCAAAAAUUACUAGAACCCGAACUUCAAAGUCCAUAUUAUAAAGUCCAUAAAGACCAUGCUGCAUUUAAGAAAUAG